AUGCGUUCUCGCGGUGCUACCGACCCUCCAUUGUCGGUGUCUGUAGUUUGUGAUCGUACAUUAAUGGAGAGGCAGCAAGUACGUCAGGUUUAUGCUGAUUUAGAACAGCGUAGGAAAAACGGUGAACACAAUAUAGUUGUCAGACAUUUCAACGGCGUACCUUCCAUUGUCCAGGCAGACAAGGAUUUUCAAUUCAACCACUCUACCCAUCGUCACGUCGCUAUUCCAAAAAACCAACCAGUUUAG